UUAUUUACUUAUUACAACAGGGUCCAGGGAACAAAAUGCUGUAGUGUUAUUAAUAUUAGUUCAGAUGUAAUGACCCAAAUCAAGCAAUUUGACCAGUUUUGGUAGGUAAUACGAGUUCAUAGCUGACAAACUUGAUGGAUUCCUUUGGAAGCCAAGCCCUUCUCAAUGCUGCAUUGACAGGGGAUAAUAAGGGAAAUAGAGAGUCUAGUGAUCCAGAAGUUGAAUACAGAGUAAAAAAAGUGACAGAGAAGUUUUCAGAGUGUAUGCAGAUUAUUGCUAAUGAACCAUCUCUUGCAUUAUUCCGAAUUCAAGAACACAUCAGAAAGUCACUUCCAAAGCUUGCAGAAUGUAAGAUGGAACUUGGGCAAAUGCAGCAACUUGUACAAGGAGCUUAUUAUGACGUGGAUUAUGCAAUCAGAGCCGUAGGAGAAAUUCAUAACAGCAGUGAGUCUUUUUCAUCAAUGGAGAACCUCUUAAAAGAAUCCAUUCAGAGAAAGAAAAGACUCAAUACUCUCUCACAAGAAUCUAAAGCUGCUAAAUCAAGGGAUGCUGCCAUGGCAACUAGUCAUAAAGAUGAUACUGGAGACACAGAGAGCGCAGGAUCCAAUACUUGAAGAGCUGAAGCCAUUUCCAUUCGCAACAUGAAUGUUUAAUGUAACAAGGAUUGAAAGUGUGCAUUUUGCUAUGAGUUGCUUGAGAUUGACAUUGGAGGAGGAAACAUCAUCAUCAAUGCUAACCUUAAAACCUUGCUGUACAGAGCGACAUGCAGCCAUUCCAGCCAGUGGAUAGAAGGCAAGCCAGCUAUCCUUGUCUUUCAUUAAUGUGAUAUCUCAAUUUAUAAAAUGGAUAGAUCUCUGAAUAUUGCACUCUCCUUUCAGUCAGACCUAGCCAAGUCUUAGUUGACGAUGCUGUAUUUUUAUAUUAGUCACCAGUAGAGGGCGCUACUAUUGGCCGACUUGGAGGGACUGGCCAAGUCUUUGAAUUUUGAUCCAAACAACGUCUUGCCAGCGUUUUGACCCAUUUGAUCCAGACAAAAAUAUCUUUUCUCCAGUGAUUCGUGUUGCGGACAGUGAUUUGUGUUGUGAUAUCGGCAAGUACGUUAACUCAAUGAACGCAGCCAAUCAAGGAUAGGCCGAGCCAUGUUGUUGGCUCGCUGUACUUUUGUUCAAAACUCAUUGCAGUUUGAUUUAUUCAUUGUAAAAGCACGGAACCAUAUGGGUGAACGAACGCACAGAAACAUUGGAUUCGGUGCGGAGGGAGAGCGUACCUUACAUGGAGUGUAAAUUGAGUUGCCUAAAUUAGGAGGAGGUGAAUAAAUGACUACUAGGAACAACAGAACCUAACUGGGUGUGUCAAUCAUGAAUAUUCAAUCUGUUUUAUUAUCGAAAUGAUAAAUAGGACUAUGUGUCUGAUACCUGACUGUGAGUUGCAGUUGCCAUUUUGGUUUUACUGAGAUAAAUCAGUCUCAAUAAGGGAAGAGGUUUUCAACUAGUGGUUUAAACCCAACGAGGCCUGGUUCUUGAUAAUUUUACCGAGACGAACC